AUGCCGGCCAAGAGUCUGCAAACACUCGUCAAACAACGGUAUCUUAAUGCACUUCACACUGUGCAGCCAGCAUCAAGAUGGAAGAACCUUGUCAUUGAUGCACAUACCAUGGAAUACAUGAAUGCGGUCAUGCGCAUGUUUGAUAUCCUGGAACAGAAUGUUACCAAGGUCGACAGAAUAGAGAAGCACCGAGAUCCAGAGCCAGGCAUCGAAACUGCGUAUAUUUUGUGUCCCACGACGCAAAACGUGAAUCGAAUUAUUCAGGACAUGACGCCUACCCAUGAUCGUCCCGCGUUGUAUGACGCUGCACAUGUGUUCUUUGUUGAUGCCAUUUCUGAUGAACUUGUCACGAAGCUGACCAAUUCUAAAGCAGGAAUACGUCUGAAGCAACUGGUAGAGCUGUUCAUUAAUCUGUGGCCAGUUGAAUCCCAGGCGUUCCUGCUCAAGCAUCCCAGUUCGUUCUUUAGUGUGUUUCAGCCGAUGGAUACCAAAUUUUGCCCUUCGUUGGAUGAGGCACUAGCACUCAUGCAGGACGAACUCGAUAUAUCUACACAAGCAAUUCUCAACGUGUGUAUUACUUUAAACGAGAAUCCACUCAUUCGAUACCUCCAUGUCCCAGGCCGGGUGUUAGGUCCUUUGUCGCCCGAAGCAUUGUCUGAUACUGUGGAAGGUUCCUUCGCUGUGGACGAUUUUAGCAAGUCAGAUAUUGCGGGCCGUGUACAGAUUGGCGUGCCAUUCCCGCAACAACUAGCCCAUCGCGUUCAGGCAGCACUGGACGACUAUACGAAGAACCAAAUGCUUGGUGAUCCUGGCCGCCCGCGGGGUGUGCUUUUUAUUACAGAUCGUACAAUGGAUCUUGUAUCCCCUUUUCUGCACGAAUUUACCUAUCAGGCGAUGGUGUAUGACCUCGUGCCAAUUCAAGACAAUACGUACAAGCAUACUUAUAAGAAUGCUGAAGGUAUUACCGAGGAGCUGAUCGCCGAGUUGAACGAUAGCGAUGAAAUUUGGACUCGGAUUCGCCACAUGCAUGUGGCAGAGGCAAUACAGUACCUCACGCGCGAAUUCAAGCAGCACAUGGGUGAGGCGAGUCAAUUCUCCGGUGAAAUGUCGAUUAAUGGCAUGCGUGACAUGCUUGUAGCUCUACCACACAUGCAACAAACGAAAGAGAAGCUGUCUGUCCAUCUUUCGCUGGCACAAUUGUGUAUGGACAAGUUCGAGCACAGUAAAUUGGCGGCCCAGGCCAUGGUCGAGCAGAAUGCCGCAACGGGACAAACGCCUGAUGGAUCACGUCCUCGUUCGCUGGUGGAAGACAUGGUGCCCAUUCUCGACGACCCCUCUAUUACGAAUGCGGACAAGGUCCGUAUCAUCGCGCUGUACAUCUUAUCUUGCGAUGGUGUCCAAGAGGAAGACUGCCGCCGCCUGUUCCAGCACGCCCGGCUCACAGGCGGAGAAACAGCAACUGUGACUCAUCUUACGAACUUGGGCGCACGUGUCGUCCGCGAACCAUCGUCUUCGAGUCUUGAUGCCAUCUUCCGAAAGCGCCGAAAGACGCUUCAACCGCGUUUGCCAGCGGCGGGUCAGGCUGAGUACGAGCUCAGCCGAUGGCAGCCUUUGCUGCGUACAUUGCUGGAAGAUCACCUUCUAGGCCGCCUCGAGCAAAGCAUGUUUCCUUAUGUUCGUGACGCUCCGCCAGAAAUUCCGCUCUCUGAACAAAUUUCGCAGCGCUCCAUGUCGUUCAGUGCGAGUGCGACAGGUAUGGCUACCUCCGUACUGCACUCAGCGAUUAAUGCAACAGGCGGCAAAGACUCGCCUUUGGCGCGCGUUGGUGCAGGUUUUGGCUUUGAUCAGUCAAGUUCGACUCGAUCUAAUACGCUACGCGGCGGAACAACCAGUUUGCGCAGUGCUCGACCGACGUGGCACCAAAAAGGUCGCUCUCAAUCUGUGGCGAGCCUCUCGACCAGCAGUGCAAAUUCAGGCGGUGCCGGUGCUGGCGGCGUGACUACAGCUACCCGCAACACUUCCUCGGCGCUACAGGAAAUGAGUAAUCCGUCUGCUCAACGUAUGCUCGUGUUUAUGGUAGGCGGCAUAACGUAUUCAGAGAUGCGCACGGCGUACGAAGUGGGUAAGCGCAAUAAUACCGAGGUGUAUUUAGGCUCCUCUCACGUUUUCACACCGACAUCGUACAUGGAAGCAUUGCGUGUAAUGGGCACGCCACGCCAACCUAUUCCGCCAGACUUGCAUGUCGAUGUGCGACGAAAGGCGCAGCAAGCCGAGCAGGAACAACUCCUAGCCCAGCAACAAGGCAAAAAGAUCAAGCAGCCGCAUAUCCUGAAAAAGCCCAAGUACCCACAGGACCUGCCGCCGCAGGAUAGGUACGAUCUGCGGAAUUCGACGGCCGAAGAGGCACCUCCUCCACCGCCUAUGCCGGAGAAGAACUCACAGCGACUUGUGAACAAGCUCCACAAAGGACACGAUGCCCAACCGAAUGCCACUCCCUCUCAGAACAACUCUAGCAAAAAAACAUCGGGCACAUCCACAUCUGAUCCGAAUGCCUUGCCUGAAAUGCCUAGUGUGAUGGGCAAGCACCGUUUUGGCCGCGAUAUGUCCAAGUUUAAGCAUGCCUUAUUCCAUAAAAAGUAG